AUGAAGAGGAGCACUCGCAAAACCAAAAAAGGUGAUGUUCUGAUUAGUGUUGGUCAUGCCAAUGUGUUAGGAUAUACUCUUCGAGAAUUUUUAAAGCUUUUGCAUCAAAUCACCAUAGGAACAGUGCUACAAAUCAAGGUUUACCGAGAUUUUAUUGACAUACCCCAAGAAUGGCAAGAAAUACAUGAUUUAAUCCCUGAGACCAAAUUCCCAGUAUCACACACACCAAUGAAAACUGGGAAGGAAAACGAUGAAGCUCUUACAAGCAGUGAUGAUAAUGAAGAUGUAGUUUCAGAUAAAAGACUUAAAUAUUAUAGAUAUCCACGGUCAACUGGGCAUCUCCCUGCAGGGAGACCAAUAUCCAUCUCCAGUGACUGGCAUAGAUAUAAAAAGAAGAACCGUACUAUUAGUGUAGGAAAAGACAUUAACUCUGAUGUGACAAUUCACAGAGAUCAAAAGACAGAAAUGAGAGCUCCUUCUCCAUACUGGACAAUGGCGAAGCAUGGCAACAUAAGCUCCUCCUCCUCGGCUUCCUCUAUCUCAGAUGCCUUCUGGCUGGAAGACUAUGCCCAAGCUGAAAAGGGCAAAGGUCAACCAGUAUCAAACAUUGGUUAGGCAGUUGUUUGUAAAUCUGUGAUCAUACAAGCACUUACCUUAAAAUCACACAAUUUUUGUUCAUCACUAUAUGGAAGCUUGCUAUACUUACAGAAAUAUGUACAUUGCAAAGCCUUCACAGACCUUUAAAGUGAUUAGAAUUCCCUGGAGUCUUGCAGGUCUCACAAAUCUUAUUCUCAAAAUAGCAACACAAUUCAGAUCAUCGAAGACU